AUGGAGGAUCAGAGUGGAGAUGAUGGAAUGGUGAAGGAACAGGGUGGAGAUGAUGGAAUGGUGAAGGAUGAGGAGGGAGAUGAUGGAAUGCAAUCCAAGGAUGACGAUCUCAGCAUCCAAUUGCUCAGCUCCGACCUGCUGCAGGAAUUCAAGGGCAGCCUGGGCUGCCAGGCGGUGUCGGAGAUGAUCUCCUUCUACAUGGACGAGGUGCUGCCCAGCGCCGCCAGGAGCAGCGCGCCGCACCAGCACAGCGUGGGCGACCUGGGCAACCUCCUGCUGAGCCUCCGAGCCAUGAUGAGGCGCUGUCACAGAUUCUUCACGUGCGAGGAGAGGAGCAGGAGCAUGAAACACAUCAAGGAAACCUUCACCAAGGUARGGCCACGCUCAGGGGCUGGGCAGGGCAUGGG